CUUUUUGUUAGUUUAAUUCUUUUUUGAAAAAAAUUUAUUGGGCCUGCAGGGGGUAACACUGUAUACCAACUAAUUUGUUGGGCUAUAAUAACAGAUAUAAUUCGCCAUUUCACACCCAAAACAAACAAACAAACUUAACGUUACAUUUCCAAAAUAUAUAUUAUUUACGGACCACUUAUAGCGUUAUUAACUGAUCACAGGAAGCUAUUUCCCUGCUGUAAGAAUGCCAGAAAGUGGCGAUUGUAGCCUACAUUGGUGGGAGGGGUUCUUGCAGCAGGAGCCGACGUGUAAAACCCAGAGACCAAACUUUCCUGGAGCACCGAGCCAUCUGAGACACCUGAUGAGCAUCCCACUAAAAACAUUCCGAACCCACCUGAAGGACACUUGUUAAAAUUAUUAUUAACUUAAUUGUUAGGUGGCACAGGGUUUUUCUAAAAGGGGGGAAAAAACUGCUUACUGGAGAUAUGGGGCUGUCUUUUUGGUGCAGGUGUUUGCUUUUACUGUGUUUGACAGCUGUUCAUGGCCGCGCCGCAGUUCAGACCUGCUUGGAUAAACAUCAAGUGGUUGGGGUGCUGCGACAGAUGGAGAAGUUUCUAAAAGGCCAGGAGCUUCGAUUCACCGAGGGCUUCCGGAUCAUGAAGUCAAAACUAGCAACGCUUCAGAAUUCGGUCUCCAAGUUGCCUCAAGCGGACCAGUCAGCUGCCUCCGCUACUUGCCGGCCCCUGGAAGAACCAGAUCACGGGACCAAGUUUGGAUCUAAACACCUGGCCGGACAUGAGGUGCAUUUCUCUUGCUCGCAGGGCUACCACCUUGUGGGAUCGGCCACACGUGUGUGCCAGGACAAUGGCACCUGGAGCGGAGUGGACGCCGUCUGUAAAGACAUCAGUGAAUGUGCAAGUAACCCCUGUCAAAAUGGAGGUACCUGUGUGGAAGGUAUUAAUCAGUACAAAUGCACCUGCUCACAGAGCUGGAGUGGCUCCCGCUGCCAGCACCACACUCAGACCGCUCCUCCUGAGUGGAGCGUAAUGAAUGACCCAGCAUUCAGCCGAAAACCUCGCUGUGCCCAAGUGAACCGGGCCCAACACUGCAGCUGUGAUGCGGGCUUUCACAUGAGUGGCACUUCUGACAACAGCAUCUGCCAGGAUGUCAACGAGUGUGAAGUCUACCGUCUGGACCAGGGAGGGACGUUAUGCAUCCAUGAAUGUGUCAACGUCCCAGGCUCAUACCACUGCUCCUGCCCCAGUGGCUACAAGUUGCUCCCAGAUGGGCGGAGCUGCGAGGAUGUGGACGAAUGUUUAAACCAGCAGCACAACUGUAGCCGAGGAACAACAUGUAUCAACACCGGGGGAGGCUUUCAGUGCGUCAACCCAGACUGUCCCCGUUCCCAUGGCAAUAUCACCUACGUCAAAACAUCUCCCCUUCAGUGUGAGAGGAAUCCCUGCCCCAUGGAAAGCCGCUCCUGCCACUUUGCGCCAAAGACCGUCUCUUUCCACUACCUCUCCCUCCCCUCCAACAUUCAGACGCCUGCCACUCUUUUCCGUAUGGCCACCGCGGGGGCCCCUGGGCGCUCAGGGCCCGACAGCCUGCGCUUUGGCAUCGUGGGAGGAAACUCACGGGGUAUUUUUGUCAUGCAGCGCUCAGACAGACAAACCGGCGAGCUGAUACUGGUCCAGCAGCUGCGCGGGCCACAGGAGAUCAACGUGGAAGUGGACAUGUCGGAAUACGCCGACCGCACCUUUCAAGCAAAGCAUGUGGCCAGAGUCCACGUUCUGGUGUCACCUUAUAACUUCUGAAGAAGUUGAGGAGGAGUAACUGAUUGUACUGAUCAUCGUCAUCCCAUUGCAGCCGGUCACAGGCCAGAGUGUGCUUCGGUUAUAGAUUUUAGAGUGAAAGUAAGAAAAUGAGUGCAAAUAUACAAUUCAUAUGAUAAAUCACAGUACAAAUAUGAAUGCAUUAUAUGUCACUCAGUGGAGCACAGACCUCCACAAGGGCCAAAUAACCCUAAAUUGAAUCAACAUCAAAUUGUACACCAUCAAAGAUCCCCAUUGUCUUGCCUAUUCUGCUCUCUCAAGACGGACGGAAAAUUGAAGAACAUGUCCUGAAUUGGAAUGCAUCAAAUGUAGCGAUAAGGUUACAAAGAGCCCUCAAUUUUCCAGUUCAUUUCUAAAAACUUUCUGAACACUUUCCAUGGGAAGAUAGAUUAUUAAAAAUAUUCAGUUGGACGAGAACAACACUUUCCAUGGCACUCAAUGUGAAUUAUUGGGUAUUAACUGGAAAAUUGGGGAAUUAACACAUGCAUGAAUAUGUAUUUGAUGAACAUUUUGUUCAAUCAUAAGCAGACAUACAGUACAUGCAGACUAAUAACUACAUCAAGAAUUUUGAUUUCUACACAGUAGUUCAUCAUCAGUACAGUAGGUUUUUUUUUUCAAAUUCCCAAAUUUGGACUUUAUUACCAUUAAUACCUAUUUAAUUUCAAUGGAAAAUAUCCAAUUUCCUCAUCAGAGAACAUGACUGUUGAGAAUAACUGUUGUGUUACUCCACAAAACCACCACAGUAGCCCUGCCCCCGUGUUCUAACACGUGGGUACCUAUAGUAUUAUAUGUUGGAUAUAUUAUUGCUGGUUUUUGCAUCUUUUAUCUUCCAUCAUAUACUGUAUAUAAGCACACUAUUCAUUCGUACUAAGGGUAUUUUGCUCUUUUAAAGAGUGAAUGAUCUACAGUAGCGGGACUUUUCAUAUACUCACACUUCAUACAUGUAUUUUGAGGAUGGUAAUAACUGCACAAUCUGAAAUAUUGUCUCUACAUAAAUGAAAUAAACUCGUGUAACAUCUCA